GAUAAACUAUUAUUUAUUUCAUUGAGAAUUAAUUUAUCGAGGUCGUACUGUAAUAUUCGAAAUCACUGGUUAUGGAGGAACAACAACACAAAAGAAUUCGGCACGGGGAGCAAACUCCGAACUCGGUCGAUAGACUCAGCGAUUUGCCGGACUCAGUCCUCUGUCACAUCCUCUCUUUUCUCCAGACGAAGAUCUCCGUUGCAACAAGUAUUCUUGCUAGAAGAUGGAGGUUUCUCUGGUGUUACGUCCCCAAUUUACAUUUCCAUCACGCCAAUGAGGACUGCAUCAACAGCGUUUUCCUUCUACAUAAAUUGCAAACUAUCAACACCUUCCGAUUUACCGAUUUCCGGGAUGAAAACGAUCGAGUCGAGAAAUGUAUUACGUUCGCAAUCGAGCGCAACGUGAAAAAUAUCGAUAUCUUUCUGUGCAUGGCCAAUUUGCCUCGAUGCAUCUACACAUGCAAAACCCUAGUUGAUCUGACGAUCAAUAGCAUUGAUUUACUCCCCGAGAGCGGCCCCGUGUUCCUUCCUCUCCUCAAGAAGCUUCAUUUAUUCUACGUUCACCAGAACGGAUACGAUACCCUUCUUUCCGGAUGCCCGGUUCUCGAGGAGUUGCUAAUCCACUCGUACACCGAUUACGCGUCUUUUAAGAUAUCUUCUCCCACAAUCAAAAGGCUCUUGAUUGAUCUUCAUUCCGCGGGUGGAGAAUCUAGCAACGAAUCCAAUUUCGACUACAAACGUUGCUACUACAAGUUGGAGAUAAAUACCCCCGCCCUUGUUUACCUUUAUUUGGCUGACAACUCUGGCCAGCAUAUCAAAUGUGGGCCGCUAAACUCCUUAAUCGAAGCAAAUAUCGAAGCAAAUAUCGAUAUUGACGGUUAUAUAGAUGACGUUGUUUAUGCUCGAUAUUUGGUGGAAUUUAUUGAUAGGCUCCGUAACGCCAAGUUCCUAAAGUUGAAUUUAUCGCAUUAUACGAAGUAUAUUCAAUCAGCACUUUGUGCGAGGACGAUGAGUUUUCGUAACUUGGUCAAACUCGAGUUCACUAGUGAAUGCCUUUUUUCCUUGAAGUUCCUCGAAGAUGCUGAUAAUCUCGAAAUCCUUAUUCUCGAAGAGGUUCAUAAACAAAGAGCGAUCACGGGCUGUAUGGAACCCGAACAAGUGCCAACAUGCCGAUUAUCGCGUCUUAGAACUACAAAGCUCGUUGGCAUCAAAGGUAAUUUGUACGAGUUAGAAAUUAUAAGGUAUCUUUUGAGGAAUGCGAAAGUCAUGGAGAAGAUGGAAAUAGUAUAUUCCCGUUGCCUUCUUCGUAACCAAAAGAAUAAUAUGAUCGAGGAAAUCUCGACAUUUCAACGAGGUUCCAGUGUAUGCGAAGUUCGAUAUUUGCAGGGGUAG